AUGGGUGUUCAACGCCCAAACAAAAAUCAGAAAGGGGCAAACAAUGUAGCUUGGCGUGUGAAAGAAGAUGUAGCACUUAUGUCAUCUUGGAUCUAUGCUAGCGAAGAUAGCGUUCGAGGAAACAAUCAAAAGGGGGAAUCGCUUUGGUCACGUGUUCAUAAAUUGUAUCACAACACUCAAGCGAAAAAUCCGAAUGAGCUCAACGAACGAAACAUUGAAUUGAUGAAAGGUCGCUGGAAACGUCUUAACAAAAAUAUAAACAAAUGGGUUGCUGCUUGCAGGGAAGCAAACGCUCGAAGAAGGAGUGGGAUGAGCGACAACGAUGUUGAGAAAGAAGCUCAUUUUAUUUACGAAGCAGGUGGAAGCAAGUUUCUAGACUUGGUUGUAUUUAAUGAAGUUAUGAGUAAACAUCCCAAGUGGAAUGUUCAUGAUACCACCCCUAUUUUUCGCCGUCAAAGUGAAGAUGUUGAUGACCAACAAAGUGGUGGCAGUUCGAAAAGAUCAAAGACUUCGGAAGAUGGGGGAUUUUCUAUCCUUUCUAAUCCAGAAACUCCAAUAUCUGAACAGUUAACUGCGACUCGUCCCAUUGGAAGAGAUAAGGCAAAAAGGAAAUGA